CCAGGGGCACUAAGAGACGCUCUCUCCCUCUCUCGCUCCCUCUCUCUCCCUCUCCUCCAUUCCAUCUCUAAUUCGAGUCUCCCAAAAAUCUCCAAUGGCUUCUCUCCUCGAUUCCUCCUUUCGCUUUUGUUUGCUGGCUUUCUUCGUUGGGUAGGAGAACGUUGUUUGGUUCUUCAUUUGCUUGUUCUGGUUCGAUGGAGGAGGAGAUGACCUCGCGGAAUGAGAGCGCUUCGAAGGAUUUCCUGAAGCGAUUUGCUGGCAAUAGCUUCGCCGACAAGCACCCGGAGGGAACAGGCGGCGACUACGACGAGAUCGAGCUCAGCCUCGGGCUCUCCCUCGGAGGGUGCUUCAGCGGCGACCCCAAGGGGAAGAAGCUCGUCCGAUCGUCCUCGAUCGCCUCAUUCUCGUCGUUUCCGACAGAGCCCGAGUUCCCGGUGGCCACCGGCCUCAGCAGGACGAGCUCUCUUCCGACCGAGAUCGAGGAGGAGCGAAGGAAGAGAAAGGAACUCCAGAGCUUAAAGAGGUUAGAAGCUAGGAGAAAGAGGUCGGAGAAGAGGAAUUCUUUGAAACGGGGGCCGAGAGCGGAUGACGAUUGGGAGGGAGGGCAGAGCUCGGCGGCGCCGACGGCGAUGAAGGUGGGGAACUUUGAGGUCGGGCUCAAUGGGGGCCAUGGAUUUCCCGGCGGUGGUCAUCUCGGAAAGGUGGUGAAUGCUGCUACUCCUCCAGGGCUGCCGGGGUGGUUGGCGAGCUCCGGCCAGGCGACUUCUUGGCCGAUGUCGCAGGGAUCGAUUGGAUCGCAAGGGAGUAGCUCCGGCAUGUCCGAGUACGAGAGCCGGCCAAAGCAAGGGUUCGACGUAUCUGGGUUCACCAGUUGCACUGAAGUCAGGAGCCCCUCAACCUUCCAGUCACUGCCAGAACAUGCCAAUCACAAAAUGGCAGCCAAUGCUGCAACAUCCGCUGUCGGGAAGGCUAUCGGCUCUGUCGGAGGAGGGGAAGAGGAUCCUGCAAAGAAGAAUGCAGGGAGAGCCAAUGUGAUGAAGGAGAUGGAGAGAAACAUGAUAGAAGAGAUGCCAUGUGUGUUUACCAAGGGAGAUGGUCCUAAUGGGAGAAGAAUUGAAGGCUUCCUCUACAAAUAUAAGAAGGGAGGAGAGGUGAGAAUAGUUUGUGUGUGCCAUGGCAGCUUCCUCACCCCCGCCGAGUUCGUGAGGCAUGCAGGAGGUGGUGAUGUUGCGCACCCUCUCAAGCAUAUUGUUGUCAACCCCUCCCCCUUUGCCUUCUUCUGAUCAUGGUCCCCUAAAUAUCUCAACCCCCCCAAAAAACAAGUUUUUUUUUUUGCUUUUUUUCCUACUUUGACAUUGGAGAGUUGAGGUUUCUCCUUAUGGGUGAAGGGUGCUUUUAUUCAAGGGGAAAGGGAAAAAAAAAGGGGGUAGAAAUGAGGAGAUUCUGACAUCUACUUCUCACUGCUGAGUUAUGGUUUCUAUGUCUACUUCUUACUGAAUCUUUCAAUGGUUUAUAGGAUGAGUUAAUGGAGGAUAUGUACA